CUCAGUUUGUCACUUCGCGCGUUUCCAGCCAUUCAUCGUUGCUCUGCUGUCAAAGUUCUCCUUUCCUAUCUAGAGUUGUCCUCUUUAUUGCUUUCCAAUUUGAGAUGUCGACGACCAGAAUUCAUCAUGCUCUUCCAGCACCAGUUGUCCAUGCAGGUUUCUCCGUACACCAGUCCAAGUCUCAUGUCCUUGCAGGCGUUCAGGACGCGUAUUGGAGUGACGACGAAGCUGAGGAUGCCGAGUGUCCCCUCUGUCUCGAAGAGAUGGAUAUUUCAGACCUCAACUUCAAACCUUGUGUUUGCGGUUACCAGAUUUGCAGAUUUUGCUGGCAUCAUAUCAAAGAAAAUCUUAACAAGCGUUGUCCUGCGUGCAGGAGAGUUUACACAGAUGAUGGCGUCGAGUUCAAACCUAUCGCCACUGAAGAUCAUAAACGCUUGAUGCAGCAGAAGAAGCAGAGGGAGCGAGAACGGAAGGAACUUGAAACUCUCGGAAGACGUAACCUAGCCAAUGUGCGCGUUGUCCAGCGUAACGUGGUCUACGUUAUUGGCAUUGGACCUCGGUUUGCAAAGGAAGAACUCAUUCCAACAUUGCGCUCUCAUGAGUACUUUGGACAGUACGGGAAGAUAAACAAGAUUCUUCUGGUGAAAAGGAGUUCUUCCGGAGGCGGCACGCCCGUCCUUGGUGUCUACAUAACGUAUCAUCGUCGCGAAGAUGCAGCGCGCGCGAUAGCAGCAGUAGAUGGAAGUCCUUCGCCCAGCGGUGGCCGUGAAGUUAUGCGAGCGAGUUAUGGCACUACCAAGUAUUGCAUGUCAUUUCUUCGAAGCGUUACCUGCACCGAUCGUAACUGCAUGAACAUACACGAGUGGGGAGAUGAAAAGGAUUGUUUCACUAAAGAGGAUCUGACAACUCUGAAACAUACCAUGAAAGCUACAGAAAGUAGGAGCAGGACGGUUGUAGCCAACAAGAACGAAGCAGAAGGUCUCCCAAAAGCUGCGGCGUGGGGCCAGCGAAAUUCCUCAACCUCGACACCAACUUUGACCUCGACAUCGUCCACCCAUAGACGUCGCGGCGGUACAGCACCUGUUCCCCGGCAGCUAAGAGUCACGACAGACACUCGUUCUAGCAAUGGCCGGAUACACGAAAAGAAAACUAUUGGAGUUGUUCCCAAACCUUCUUCGCAAGCUUCCUCUUCUCGUCCAGUCACUCCAGCCCCAACCUCGCUCCCACCUCGUCCAGCAUCUCCGGCAGCAGUCAAAUCGCCCAAACUACUCAAACAUCCAGUCAAGGAGACGGCCGCUGUGGCUCCGACUUCACAAUCCCCAGCUCCUUCUGCAACAGGUGGCUCAGAUCACGGAUCUCAAGACGUCGCAUCAACCUCUCCUCAAGAUCGUCCCCAAUCCACUAGCCCUGCACCCUCGUCUAUUCCUUCUGUUCCGCCCGGUUUACCUGCAGUUCCUCCUGGUUUACCGGCACCUCCAGGUCUUCCCGCUCCCCGUCCUCCUCGCGUUGAUACCGCCUCCCCCGAAACACCUUUACUUGCGUCACAGACAACCUAUCAAAUGUCCACUGCGGCCCGUGCAUUACUCGACGACGUGAAAGCGAGAAGGGAAUCUGCAUUACCGAGUGUAGCUAUGCAAAGUCCCUUCCCAGACUUUGAUCGAACUCUGCAAAAUCUUACUCGAAGUGAUGGGGUUUUCGGAGGAUUUACUUUCAAUCUUGACCCAAAACUCGCGAGCAGUGAGGAUACCACCGAAGAACCUAUCACGGACUUUGAGAUCGAGGCUGUCACCCCCUUCAUGGGCAACUUCAUGCAGGCUUUCCCUGCCCUUCGGUCACAAGCAGUUUCACAAUCAGGUUCCUUCGUCUCACCAACUGGUAACUCCUACCCUCACAAUCCUAAUCACUCCAUCUACGACCCCUUGUCAGUACGAUCAAUCCCUCUAGAGAGCCAGUCGGUAAGCUCGAACUAUGUGGGGUCUUUCAAUCCUUUUGCCGAUUCAAUCGAAGAGGUAUUCUCAUCGGGCCCUCCCUCUCCUGUUGUUGAUGAUGAUACGUCGCGCAAGGUCUCACGUUUUGGCUUUGCUCGUAGCCGACAAGGACCUCGGGCCCGCACUUCUUCCCCAUUGCAUAUAUCUUCAUCUGUUACCAGUCAUAGUACCUCAGACACCAUUAACCCUGUUUAUCAUCCAUCUCCCGUCCCACAAUCCCCCGCCCCAUCCCAGUGGUCUUUGCAUAGCCGUCAGGACUAUACAUAUCAACAACAGCCCUUGUCCCAAAUGGGGUCACCAUUGGUUAGCCACCAAUCUCCGGCCAUGUAUGCGUCGCAACAACAGCAGCCUAGGUUCCAGCCGUUUGAACCUGGUGUUAGCGAAGCUCAACUUCGGGAAUUAAUUCAAUCUAGUCGAGCAAAUCCAGGUACUCAUCGAGUUGAUCCCCAAGCUUACAAGGUGGCAUCAGGACAUCAGGGAUUUGUGGACCCAGCAAUCAUGUCUGCACGAUUUGCCUCAGGACAAGGAUCGACCUAUGUGACAAUGGAUCAAGCAUACGGUCCUCCACCCGGCCUUUCAUUUCCUGAAGGCAUGCAGCACGGUGCCGGUAUCUCGGGAACACCCUUAAGUGUUAGCGAUGGGCAUGGGCAUAAUCAUGAACUUCUACCGCAUACAGAAACGACGGAUACCCCAUCUUUUGAUCCAUCAGAAUUCCCAACAUUAUCAUCGACCAUUGCUACAGAACCUCCCGCAACAGAAGAGAAAGACAAACAGACACCUGCAGAUACCCAUACCCCUUCCCUCUCUGCCGAAGAUUUUGCAGCCAAGGAGAAAGCAGAACGGAAGGCGGCUAAGAAGGCGGCCGCUGCUGAGAAAGCCGCCGAGCGUCAGCGAAUCGCGCAGGAAAAGGCCGCUAUCAAGGCCGCUGAAAAAGCUAAGGUCGCGCAAGAAAAGGCUGCUGAGAAGGAGAAGGCGGCAGUGUUGAAGGCCGAGCAGGAGAAGGAGAAGGCAGAGAAGGAAAGGGUUGUGAAGGAAAAGGUGAAGGCUGACAAAGAGAAGGCGGCUCAGGCAGAGAGGGAAAAAGCAGCUCAGGCGGAUAAGGAGAAAGCUGCGCGCCUGGAGAAAGAGAAAGCUGAGAAAGCAGCAAAGAAGGCGGCCGCUGCAGUAGCCAAACCUACCGAUUCGCAAAAGGGGGCCUCAGCCAAGAAAGUGAACCCGCCAGCUGUAACCAAAGUCGCUCACCUACCCGAUGUUACCGCUCAACUCCCUCUUCUGUCUAAGAAACCAAAGAAGAACAAACCUAUCGCAAAGCCUAUCAAAAUACUUACCAAAGAGGAGGAUCACAUUCAAGAAGACUCCGCUGUUCCUUCGGCCUCUGCAUCCGAUGCCCAUCUCACCACCAAGAGCAAUACUGGUAGUUCAAAUAAUUCUCGGUCUCAGUCCGUCGAGCGCAACGUCCCCACCUCCAUCGGCGAACUCCUCGAGGAGAUUAACAUCAUGAAUCCUGUGAUGGAUCUUCCCAAUCAUCCGUUCUUCGACGUCCACAAAAUCAACCCUGCCGCAAAGAUGCCAUUGGAAUACGGGCCCCUUGUUCAUGCUCUAUCGGCCUUGUCAGUUGGUGGGGGUUCUUUCGCCAACAAUGUCCCCUCAGGAUCCAUUGAUAACGCGGUGUCGUCCUUCCAACAGCUUUUGGAGACACUUACCCAGACGAUCUCAGAUCUUCUGAGACUGCUUCCUCGCACAACUUGGGAUGACAGUUCGUCUUUUGAUGGAGUUCUACGUGAUAUGCUAAAGGGUGACGAUUUCCUUGACGAUAACGGCGAAGAUAGUGCUACCAGUACCAGUACCAGUCACGGUCGGGAGGACGAAGUAGCUGCCUUGACGCUGGCUCUCGAGCGUCGGGCUCGUUGGAUGGAAGUGCAGUUGUCGAAGUUGGAAGAGUUGCAUCGGGACAUCAACAACGCCGCCGUGCGGGCAGUUUUGGCGUUCAACGACAAUGGCUGGGAUCGACACUCCUUUAUGCCUAGGAUUGGAAACACAGUGAAGCGUUUUGAUAGCCUUGGUAUCGUGGAAGGUGAAGGACCCCAUUCUGUGCGGCCUAUGACUGUGGACGAACUGGAGAAAAAGUUAAUUGUGGCAAAGGAGGCUGCUGUUUUCGCGGAGACAGAGUUUCGUGAGGUAAUGGAGAGUAUGCAGGAUGUUAAGCCUGUUGAAGAACUAUGAUCGUAAUCCUGCAUAUAAUUGUCGUAAAUAAUGAACAAUAUACCUAUGUACUUCCCCAUCAG